AUGAAUACUAAAAAAAUGCCGAUUAUUGAACACGAUUUUAUUGAUAAAAUGACACAUCAACAAAAUGAAAAUAAAGCAACACCGCGAAGUCGAUUAGACUUAGAAAUGGAAAAAAUUAUGUCAAGCAAAUUAUUAGAUCGUGAGAAAUGGGCCCUUUACCAACAAAUUUUACAAAGAUACCUACAUUUUUUUAUGGAAGAACGUCAACCUCAAGAAAUAACAAUUACUGAAAAAACAGUAAAUGACAAAACUUACGAUGAUGGUAAAAGGAAUUUAACUGUUUAUGAAAAUGAAAAUGAAAAAUGGUUAAGUGGUGAACUACCGCCGUCGGGUAAAGACGUCUCCUUGCAAUUGACAACAAAGGACAUAUUAAAUUUGAUUCCGAAAACUUAUAUAAAGAAAGGAGAAUUAUUGAUGGAAUCCAUUCAAAAACAUAGUGAAAAAUUAAAUUGGAAUAAAAAUGGUACAGUGGUAGUUAGUGGAAAAGAAAUUCCUGGAAGUAAUAUUAUUGAUUUAGUAAAUGAUGCAUUAAAACCAUCAAAGAAAGCAGAUCCCAUCGGGUGGGAAUCAUUUUCAAAAUUUUUAAAUGAUAUAAAUAUACCACUGACAUACAUUGGUAAUCUUAUCUUAUCUUAA